CUGUCAGUGGCGCGGGAACUUGGAAUCGUGCCAGUUGGUGCCAGUUGUGGGUUUAUUACAGAAGUAUUUGCACGUAUAGUUAAAUAUAAGAUGUUGCGGCAAAUAAGCAGAAACAUUCAGCAAAAGGCGAGAUUCGCCACAGCUGUACCGGCACCUCAAACGAAGCCAGAGAUUCUUUACACUGGGCUGUUCAUCAACAAUGAAUGGGUGAAGUCAUCAGAUGGAAAAACUUUCAAGACUGAGAACCCCGCCACUGGCCAGCCAAUCGCUGAUGUACAGCAAGCUGGCAAAGCUGACGUCGACAUCGCUGUUAAAGCUGCCAAAGAUGCUUUUAAACUGGGUUCCCCAUGGAGAAAAAUGGACGCCUCCCAACGUGGUUACCUUCUUAGCAAGCUUGCGGACCUUGUUGAAAGAGACAGGAACUACUUGGCUAGCCUGGAAACCCUGGACAACGGCAAGCCAUACACAGCAGCUUACUACGGUGACGUGCAGAUGGUGAUCAACAACCUGCGUUACUAUGCUGGCUGGGCAGACAAGAGCCAUGGACUGGUGCUACCCAUGGAUGGAAACUACUUCGCUUAUACACGGCAUGAGCCUGUUGGUGUAUGCGGUCAGAUUAUCCCAUGGAACUUCCCAUUGUUGAUGGCAUCAUGGAAGCUGGGCCCCGCACUGGCGGCCGGCUGCACCGUCGUCAUGAAGCCCGCUGAGCAGACGCCACUCACUGCACUCUACCUCGCACAACUUGUCAAGGAGGCAGGAUUCCCAGAGGGUGUGGUGAACAUGUUGCCUGGAUUCGGAGACGCGGGCGCAGCUUUAGUCGACCAUCCUGAUAUCGACAAAAUCGCUUUCACCGGUUCGACGGAGGUAGGCAAAUUGAUCCAGCGUAACUCAGCGGGUACAGUGAAGCGCAUCACGUUGGAGCUCGGCGGGAAGUCUCCCAACAUUAUAUUCGCAGACACAGACCUCGAGCGAGCUGUGGAAGUUGCUCACUUCGCACUGUUCUUCAAUAUGGGCCAGUGCUGCUGUGCUGGUUCCCGAACUUUCGUGGAGGACAAGAUUUACGACAAGUUCGUAGAGUUGGCAGCGGAGCGCGCAAAGAAACGUGUUGUAGGAGACCCCUUCAAACCAGAGACUGAACAGGGACCUCAGAUCGAUGCUGAGCAACAGAACCGUAUCCUAAGCCUAAUAGAGAGCGGUAAGAAGCAGGGCGCCAAGCUAGUCGCUGGCGGAGGCCGGGGCUCCGACACUGGGUACUUCGUGCAACCCACUGUGUUCAGUGAUGUCAAGGACAAUAUGGACAUCGCUACCACUGAGAUCUUCGGUCCAGUCCAGCAGAUCCUGAAGUUCUCCCAGUUGGACGAGGUCGUGGAGCGCGCCAACAACUCUGAGUACGGCCUGGCCGCCGCCGUCUUCACACAGGAUAUAGACAAGGCUAACUACGUUGUACAGAGGCUCCGUGCCGGCACAGUAUGGGUGAACGACUACAACGUACUCAGCAACCAGGUGCCCUUCGGAGGGUACAAGCAAUCCGGCAUCGGACGCGAGAACGGACCAUACGGCAUCAACAACUACACAGAAGUCAAGGCUGUCAUCACUAAGCUCAAAGAAAAAACCACGUAAAUGUAACACGAUGUAUUUUAAAUAAGCCAUUAGAACUGAUUUACUAUUUUUUUUAGGUAUUUGCCUAUGAAAGUGCCGUUUUUGAACAGCUAAUUCGCGACUGAAACGGUGAUUUUAUAGGUAAAGAUUAAUUUCUUUCUAGUUUCACAUCAGUGUUGAAAAUCAUUUUUGUAAUGAUGGCUGGUCUCGACUUGUUUUUUUUUUAAUGAGACAGAUAAUAUAAUAAGUAAUACUCAUUUAAAUGCCAUUUUGUGUAAGUAGUAAACUUUUUCAGAAUAUUUGUUCUGUUUGCAUUUAAUGGUGAUUAAAUGAUAAAAAAAAUAUUGUUAUUAAUUUAGCUUUUUGCAAUGGACAUGUUUAAAGUGUAAUAAUUAGUCUGCAUUUUGUUAUAUUUUAUGUUCUAAGGUGCGCGUUAAUAAAUUAACGUUCGAAGCACUGUUAGAAGAUUGAUGAAUGAAGAAUACUCUGUAUCUAUUUUGUUAAUAACAAAUGCAUUAAUUGAUAGAAAGGAACCAAUGAACACAAACAAUGUCUUCCAGUGUACGUAAAACGUAAUAUAAUUGUAAGCACUCCGUAUUUCUGUUAUCAUUUUAUAGUGCCAUGUACUGUUGCUUUUUUUUUCUAUUUUUACUUAUAUUUUUGUAAAAUAAAACCGCAAUAUUAA